GCGACCGCUUCUGUGUCGCACGAGUGUGACGUGGAAGACAAGCGCGCAAGCAUGGCGGCCAGCGGCAAGAGGCCCGAGCAUCGCGGCCCCCCAGAACUAGUAAGAGAGACAAGGAGGGGAGAGGGAGGCGGGGGCGAGGACUACCAGGGGCCGGUGGAGCGCUCGUACCUGUAAGCCCCCAGGACCAAGAAUUGAGCCUCCAAGCACAGAGGCAGUCUACCUUUGGGUAAAACUUUAUAGCGGUUGCCUCCAUGUCUUGCUGCUAGGGUGCUUCCUUCCAUCCUCCUUGGAGCCAUCUGGGCGGCCAAUGUGGGAAACAGAAGACGACCAGGGGUCAGCUAUAUCGGUCUAUGCCGACCUGGUGUCCUCCAGAUGGUUUUGGAGUACAGCACCUGUCACCCGGACUAAUAGACGUUGUAACACAGUUCACUUGGAGGGCACCAGGUUGCCGACUGAUCUGUGUGGUGGCGGGGAAUAGAUCUCUCUUUUUUAUGAGCCGAGAAAUUCCUCAGUUGCUGUUAACUCUGAUCAUCAGAAAGAACCUCCCAUAUCAGGAGGCAGUCCAUCUUGUGAAAAUGAAGCUGAAUGUUGGAAGAUUCAGGGCAGAUAAAAGGAAGGAGUAGCUCACAUAGUGCCUAUUCAAACAAUGGAACUCAUUCCCACAGGAGGCAGCAAUGGCCACCAACUUGGAUGGCUUUGAAAGAGGAUUGGACAAAUUCAUCAAGGCCACUAGUGAUGAUGGCUGUGCUCUGCCUGUAUGGUCUGAGGCUUCUGAAUAUCAGUUGCUGGAAGCCACAGGAAGGAAGAGUUGCUGUUGCGCUUACGUCUUGCUUGUGGGUUUCACUUUGGAGCAUCUGGUUCGCCACUGUGGGAACAGAAUGCUUGACUGGAUGGGCCAUUGGCUUGAUCCAGCAGGCUCUUAUGUUCUUGUUAGUCAGAUCCAUAAGGGUGCUUACAUUCUUUCUUCAAUGCAACCCCCCAUUUCUCUUUCUUUUCCCAGUUCUACGAUGAGACUGAAGCCCGAAAAUACACACACAAGUAAGGCAGCCGUGGGCUGAGGAAAGCAGCUAAUCUCUUUAUUGAACCUAUUUGUUUAAAGAGCUUUUAAAGCAUGUCUUAAAACAGUGGUUUUUAAAGUGGGUGGUGCCUCCUGGGUGUGCUCUAAGAGGCAGGGUCCUUGGAAGUGUCAAAAUGGAUGGAGGAAAAAUGCAUAGAGGAUGUCCUUGAUUUAAAAGAAAGACAAUGUGACUGUUUUGGAGGUAGUAGCUAAAUGGUUUUUGAGGAGCAGGAUAUAUGGAAGAGUUGCAGUGGUCUGUAAAUAGAUGUUAGUAAUCCAAUCCCCAACAAUUGUCAGUGGUUGUCAUCUCCCCCAUCCAUACAGACAGACGCAAUUCUUUUCUGCUGCAUGGCAUUGGUGUGAUAUGGCUUUUGUCCUGUCCAUCUUAACAUUGGAACACCUGUUUUACCACUUAAACAUCUGGGAUAGAUGCAAUGCCUGUGUGUACUCUCCCACUCCCCUACCCCACCCAAGCUGCCUUGCAGACAUCCAAGAGGAGCUGGGGUUUGUUCACUGCUUGUUUGGGGGCAUUUCCAUUCUCCAGCUCUCGAAUGAUCGAGAUCCAGUCGCAGAUGUCCGAACGGGCUGUGGAGCUGCUGGGUCUCCCGGAGGACCGAACCUGUUUCUUGCUGGAUGUUGGGUGAGCUUGCUGCAUUGUACCUUUAAGUGUGUCGCUGCUUCUUCCUCUAAACUGCCAGCGUGGGAGGAUCAGGCAGCUUCUUUUUUGCACCCAGCUUCCAAAAGUCAAUUUUGGUUUUGUCCGUCUUAUGUAGGAGGUUAUGCUUAUUCCAGACAGUAAGUUUGGAUUGGGGUCCUGAAUAGUUAAGGAGCCUGUCCAUCACGGGAACAUAAAUACAAAGAAAAGUCCUUAUUCAGUUAAAGCUAUAGAAUUCACUCCCUUUAGAAGUAGGGGUGGACACCAGUUUGGAUGGCUGUGGAAGAGGAUUCAGCUAUCAAAUGGCUACUGCCCCUGAUGGCUACAAUCACAUUCUACCCUUGGAAGCAGUAUGCUGGAAGACUCACAAGCUGGGAGAGUGCUGCUGUGCUUAGGUUCUGCUUGUGGGUCUCCCAGUUGGAGCAUCUGGUUAGCCACUGUGAGCACAGGAUGCUGGGUAAGAUGGACCAUUGGCCUGAUCCAGCAGUCUCAUGUUCUUAUGGAACUCCUUCCCACUGGAGGUUGUGAAGCUUGCCUACUUGAGAGGCUUUAGAGGGGGAUUAGACAGAAUCACAGAGGAUAAUAUGCUUUACCUCCAUGGUCGGGGGCAGCAAUGCUUCUGAAUACCAGUUGUUGGGAGAGUUCUGUUGUGCUCAGGUCCUGCUUGGGGGCAUCGGUUGGCUACUGUGAGAACAGGAUGCUGGACCAGAUGAGCCCCCUUUGGGCUUAUGCAGCAGCCACAGGGCUCUCCUUUCAGGAAGCUUCCUUAUGCUGAGCCAGACUCGUGGUCUGUCUAGUCCAGAUGUUGGGCAGAGAAAGUGAUUUCCUGUCCCCAGAUCUGUGAAAGGGGCUUGGGCAAGUGCUAUUGAAUCCCUGAAUCCUGUUUGGCUCCUGCUAAGAGAUGAAAACCAGUCAGCGUUUCAUUAUUUCUUAACCUGUACAUCUCUUCCGGUCAGGUGUGGCUCUGGUCUGAGUGGUGAUUACAUCUCCGAGGAGGGACACUGUUGGGUUGGCAUGGACAUCAGCUCUGCCAUGUUGGGUGAGUAGAAUUUUUCUGUAUCCAUUACAAGAGAUGCAUUUGAAUCCUACAUGUGUGUCCACUUGGCCUGUGUAUGCUAAUGGGAAGGAGUCUUUGAGUAUUUUUAAUACCUCUAUUUCUUUGUAAUUAUUGUCUCUUCCCUAUUAAAGUCCUGCCUGUUUUCCAUUUCAUUUAGUCUGCUUAUUUGGUAGUUUAAAGAGUAUAAUCCUAGCCAGCUAACUUACUAUUGUCUGUGUGGAACCCAUUCUUUUACAGGAGCUGUUUAUUAAAUCUUGCUGGUAACUAGAUUACUUGUGCUGACCUUUAUAGUAAAUACUAGUAGCUCAGGUUGUCUCCUUGAUGCCUUCCAGGACCUGUUUGAAAUAAGAACUACUAUAGAUGAGGAAAGUUCAUUUAGGAGAAUGUUUUAUAUUGAGUGAUACCAACCGUACCGUUGCCAUGAUCUACAAUAAUAAACAUGCAAAACGUUCAGAUUGACACCCUUAUUUACAUACCCCUUUGGCUUGAGGCGUCCUGCCUUGGACCGGUCAAAACUGGCAGGAAUGGUAAAAUCCUCUUGUACUCUUAAUCCUGCACAGAUGUAGCUGCAGAAAGAGAAGUGGAGGGUGACUUGAUGCUGGCAGACAUGGGCCAGGGCAUCCCCUUCCGGCCAGGAACCUUUGAUGGCUGUAUCAGGUAGGAGAACUUGGCUGGGAGUUUCACUCACCAGCAAAUGCAGAAUGAGAUUCCACUGAGAAAAGUCAUUGAGGACAGGUGUUUCUUUGCUGACCAGCUGACCGGACUUCCCAUUUACUCUCCUUGCAGUAUUUCUGCAGUGCAGUGGCUAUGCAAUGCUGACAAGAAGACCCACAGCCCCCCAAAGCGGCUGUAUCGGUUUUUCUCGACUCUCUAUACUGCUUUGGUAAGGGCUUCUCAAACCUGCUUCUUCCAAACCAUCUAUGAGGGUAAAGGAUAUCACAGUAUUCCUGCAUCUUUUGUACAUUUAACUUGUGCAGUUUCAACUACAGUGGUACCUCUACUUACGGAUGUGAUCUGUUCCGGGGUGCCAUUCGCACCCCAAAAAGUCUGUAAGUAGAGCGCCGCUUCGGUGUGUGACGAGAUAGAGCGCUCCUGUGCACGCGUGAAGCACACAGAUCGCUCCUGCACAUGCGUGAAGCGGCAAACCUGGAAGUAAACACUUCUGGGUUUGCCGCAUUUGUAACCUGAAAAAACGCAACGUGAAGCAAACGCAACUUGAGAUAUGGCUGUAUAUGUUGGCAAGUUGGGAGCGCUCUUGCUAGAUCUCAUGGGAAGCUAGAUUGUCCUGUGAGAUCUGGAACUGAUCCUGGGAUUGCAUCGGAGUGUGGGGGAGAAGGGACGAAAGAGGGAGUGGCCCCCCCUCUCAAUAAUCGAAACGUGCCCACAGGCCUAAGAAAUUUAGAGACUCCCAACAGAGACGCUUGGCCAGGGCUGCAUAGGCUGUUUUUGAUUGUCCUUUCCUCCUACAGGCCCGAGGAGCCCGUGCCGUCCUCCAGCUGUACCCAGAAAACUCUCAGCAGGUGCGGUCCCUGUGGGAACUGUGGGGCGGGGGUAGGCCUGGCGCAGCCAGAGGCCCGGAGCUGCCAGGGACAGGCUGAAGGAGGCUUCGGGAGGUUGAAGCUCUGCAUAGAUCCGCAAGGGCCUGCUGCUUUUGGUUCUGUGCUGUGCCUGGAGAUCUGACACCCCCAAGGACUCUCAUAUAGGAGGUGGUUUGCAGGGACCUGGUGUCUUUGGCACCCUUUAGCAUGCAGCCUGCCUUUUCCCACAAGUUGAUGGUGUUUAGGGAAGCCGGAUGAGGCUCUACUGGAAUUUAUUUGCGUUUCUACUUCACCCUUUUCUCAAAGUUGGCGUACAUGGUUCUCCCCUUCCUCAUUCAUAGAGGAGAAGGCUGUCAGUGGCUACUAGCCAUGCUAGUAGAAUACACCUCUCAGGGAUUCUUUAGCUGUCAUUCCUGCACUACAGGGGGUUGGACUAGAUGACCCUUGGUGUCUUCUCCAACUCUUUUGAUUCUUCCUCAUGCCUGAAUGCAUGUGGCCUUAGCUGAAGUUGUGGUUCCUAAACCCCAGUCAGGUAGAGAGACAAAGAAUCAGGAGUUAAGGAUGGGCAGGGUUGGCAUGCUAUGAAGGUCCCGUUAGAAGAGGGAGCCCCCUGCCCCAGCUGCUCAGACUCACCUGUCUUCUAUUUCUCCUGCCAGCUGGAACUCAUCACCUCCCAAGCCAUGAAGGCCGGCUUCACAGGCGGCAUGGUGGUUGACUACCCCAACAGCGCUAAAGCCAAGAAGUGAGUCCUCUUCCAUUUGGAGACCAGGGAGGGCUCCUUUUUCUGCCUUCCAUGUUGCCUGGAGAGGCUUUUGCAGGGCCAGAGCAAUGCAGGGAGGUUGCCAGAAACUGACUCUCUGCGCUGCGCUGCCCUGCUUGUGAUGGCGAGCAAUCUGACAUGAGGGACGCAUUUGAAUCCUGUGUACACCAAACCUGGUAGUCAUUGGAGGCCUCUAAGGAGAAGGAGGCACCCAAAGCAAUCUAGCUCACUUCUGUGUGACUGCUGACUUCCUUGAGGCUUUAAUCGAGGCCUCUCCUUUCCCAGGCAAAUUGCUCAGAAAGGCAUUUCAUCUUCCGGCUGCUCUCCAGCCGGAGAACACAACCUCCUGGAGUGGAGAGCUAAGAAAAAACUCUUCUGGCAACAUUGGAAAGCAGCUACUGAUGAGGGUUGACAGUCAAGGGGGCAGGUGGGCAGGCUAGUAGCUCCUCUCUGAAUAAAGUAACUCCUUGUGGGCUGCCAGGAGAACUUGGUGCACAAGUAUCUCCUUAAAAAAAUACAUGUUCUCUUUUUUCAGAUUCUCAUUAUUUUGUGUCUCUCUUUCCCCAGGUUCUUUCUCUGUCUUUUUGUUGGUGCAGCAGAUGCGUUGCCAAAGGUAACAAUCUGUGGGGCUAUUGGGGGUGGGCCAUGGGGUGCACCAGAGAUGCAGGAGAGGGUUUGCUCUGAACAAUAAAAGCAGCUGCAUCGCUCUGGUUUUCUCCUCUCCCCUGAGGCAAACUGAUGUGCUGUGUGUGUGUUUUUCCGCUUUCCCCCGGCAGGGUCUUGGCACAGAAUGCAGUGAUCAGGAGACUGCGAGGGCAAAGUUUACCAAUGAAAGGUAUUGAGUCAGAGUUGGGAGAGGCCUGGGGCCACAGAGACAGCGCUGUUCACCUUGAAUUGGGGGGGCUGUAGAGGACCUGGAGGAAGGGCGAGCCUGCUGUCACAGCUUAACUGCACGAAAUCAUGCCACUUUUUAACGUAGGGGAUUUAUUGAUAACCGUAACGUAAGAAGAGUCUGCUGGAUCAGGCCAGUGGCCCAUCUAGUCCAGCAUCCUGUUCUCAGUAACCAACCAGAUGCCGCAACUGGGAAACCCGCAAGCAGGAUUUAGGCACAAGAGCCCUCUUCCCCCUGGCCUCAGUCUCUCAACCUUGCAAUGGGAACAAUAGUGGUAUAGCACAAUAAAAUUCAAAUCACUAACAAUUAAUUGCACAUUUGUUCAAAAUCCAGUUCAAGACAGAGCAAUCUGAUCCUGUGAUAACAGCUUUUCUAAGUCUGAUAGUCAUUGACACCUCCUAUUCCCCUCUAGGUUAUCCCCACCCCCUGCCAGGGGUCUCUACUUCCCGCUUUGGCAACCACUGAUCUAAAGCAAUUCAGCUGCCCUUUCCAGACUGUGUGGCUUUGCACACCCCCCCUUCCCAUCAGCAAAUGUCUCCGCCCUUGCAGCUGCAUAAGGCGAGACCCACCCUCUGCAGCUUGGGGACAGACAGAGAGUAAGAGCCCGAGGUUUUUCAUCGUGGCACCCGGAAGCUCCUGGUCGCCAUGUUUUCCUGCCUCAUACAGCCUGCCCUGCAGGUGUCACAGCCCUCCUAUGAGAGCCCAGCAAAUCCCCAGAAUAGCAGGCCAAAGAUUGUCAUGUAUGGUUUUAGUGGCAUUUGUUUUUUAAAACCUGUGGUGGUUGCCGGAGGGGAUACUCCUAAAACAUUUUCACUGGCAGUAUAGUGAUUCAUUUAUUUUUAAAAGUGCCCCAUGGCCAGUCAGUGGCAGGACCGAUACGGUGGUGGUGGAGACAGGGGCUGGUUCCUGACUUCACCCUUGUUCUCUUCCAAGGACACGGUUCAAGAACAUCAAAGGGAAGUCUGCAAAGAAGAGCCGGGACUGGGUCUUCGAAAAAAAGGAACGGAGGCGGCGGCAGGGCAGGUAAGCCUGGCCUCUCCAUCCUGGGUGUGUGGGGCCACCCUUGGGUGUAGGCAGGAGGUCUGGGGUGGUUAAACUUUCGUGAAGGAAGCAAGGGUUGCAUUUGCCCUCAAUCUGUAGGCUGCAUGCGUUCAGCGGCUGUGUUAUUGUUGUAGUUUUUGGCUAGUUAGGAUGUGAAACACAGCUUUAUCAGCUUAAGCAAGGGAAGUAAAUUCAAAAGGCCUGUAAGAGCAGGCCAAAUUUUUACAAGCUUGCAAAUGAACACAUCAGAGCACAUGCAGCAUUUCAAGGCCAUGUAACAGGCAGAAGUUGCCAUUAGGUUUCAGGCAAUGACUUUGUCAGGCAGAGCAAAAAGUAACAUCCCAGGCUACAGAGAGGAACAGUAAGGCCUUAUAAAAAUAAUUAGCAAAUUCCUUCACACAUCUUCAGAGACCUGGGCUACUUUUUUGCAACACCCCCCUCACCAACAUUAAAACCAUUUUUGCUGCCUAUACUCCCCUUCCUUUCUACUGCCUAUUCAUCUUAAGCUAUGUACCAGUGUGUCUAUUAAGAUGUUCUCCAGGAAACUAUCCCCCACACCCAUGCGCAUGCACACACAAAAUUACACCCUUCCUCAGCUGAGGAUGAUGGGUUUUCCCCUCCUGCCCUGCUUAUCAACCAAUCGAUCUAAUGGAUUGGGAAAGGAGCGAUUUGCAGCCCCUAGAAGCCACCCAGUGUUUUGUCUUGCGGGGGCAGAGGGUGGCCCCCUCCCAGAGUAGAUCCAUUUGUUUAUUUCUUUCAUAAAAUUUAUACACAGAUUGAUCGUUUUAAAAAAGCCCUCAAAGUGGUUUGGGGGGGGGAAUCCCCAAUAAAAUUAACAACAACAAUUGAAGACUUUUUGAAAAGCUAAAACAAUAGGCUGAAAGCAGAUUAAAGCUUGCAUCGACUUUCUAAACAUCUGGGUAGGCCUAAUGUGCAUGUCUGAUAUCACUAGGCAGGGAGUUCCAAAGUGCAGGUGCUGCCACACUAGAACAGAGUUCUUACAGAUGCAGAAUGGGUAUUACAUGGCAUCUGUAAGAGUGCCCGUUCUGGUGACUGAAGCAGUCAAGUGGAUGUAUAUGGGGUAAAGUGACACUAGAAGUAAAAAGUUCCCAAGUUGUUAAGGACUUGACUAACACCUUGUACCUGGCCAGGUAGCGAAUGGGCAACCAGAUGUAAUAUCCUGACAAGGUAAAUAUAAAGAUGGUCAAAUCCUCCCCCCUUCCUCACAUACCUCGUUACCCUUUCUUCUCUCUUUCACGCUACCCCUGCAGGGAUGUCCGGGCAGACACAAAGUACACUGGCCGGAAGCGGCGACCUCACUUCUGAUCGCAGCGCUGUUGAUCAGACCCGUCCUUAAUGGCAUGGAGCAUUUCGGCACCAGUCUGCGGCCUCUAAAGAGGGAUGUGUUAUCAGCCAGGGGAUUUUCACGCAGGACACUUGACUCCCUCCAGACUGGGCUCAUCCUUUCACCAGACCCAGAAAGGACUGCUUUGAAGAGACAGAAAAGUAGCAUCUGCCCAAUUUUGCUGCGGGGGGUCCUUCUGCUGCAAGACGGUGGCUCGUCUUUUCCAGAGCCCUCCAUCACAGGCAGUGGGGAGAUGAGAUUCCCCACUGCUAGAAAAGAGUCUGGCUAAAAUGCUUUGAAACAUAGGGUAGAAGGCGCUGGGGGUGGCUCCCCCCCCCCAUGUUGCUGAACUACAACCACCAUCAUCCCUGACAGAUGGGAGUUUGAGUCCAGGAAUAUCUGGAAGAGGGCUGCAGAUAUUUCCCACCCAAAGAUGGAACUUUGUGGCAGCAGCUAUUAAAAUAUUUAAAGAAUACCUUUCCUGAGAUGGUGGAUCGCUAGAUCAAGUGGGGCUGGCUGUACGCGGGGUUCUCUGUGCUCAACUCCACCCCCUGCCCUCAAUUCACAGACUUAAAUUAAGCCACUCUGCCUAGCUGCAGUGUAAGGGGUGCAGGGGGUCCUGAGGGCCACAAAGUGUUGCUGGAACACUUCCAUCAGUCCUGAGUGGCAUGGCUGAUGGACAGAGGGAUGCUGGGAAAUGUAGGCACAAGAGGGUCUAGAGGGCCACAGGUUCCCUGCCCCUGAAACACAGGCCUAUGUGUGCAUUUAUCCUGCUCUCUUACUAUUGUCCAAACCCCUUCUUCUGCCCUAUAAACUUUUUGGAAGCAGCCCCGCUCCUUUGGGCACAUAAAACAUUUAAAGUCGCAUGGAGAAAACCACACUGCCUGGGUGCAUAGAGUGCAUGUAGGCCUCUCAGCUGCCAGAAAAGCUGAGCUCUCCAUGCUAAAGGUCCUAGUCUUCAUAAGAAACAAACAAGUGUGGAAAACACACACAGAAAGGGCUCAAGGGCCAGAGCACGGUAAGAGUUGGAUUUUCGAGAAUAACUUCUGUAUCUCUUCACCUUCCCUAACUCCUAAGCAUCAAGGCAUGUUGCUAGCCUUCCUGUAUGUUGGAGAGGGACAGAGUGUUAAAACGAGGUGGCUGCAUAGUCAACAGGAGGACAACACCCCCCCUCCAAACACACACAGAGGAGCCAGAAAACUCUUCACAGAUAUAAACACUUUUUCUUUAUUCUACAUAAAAUCCCAUCCAGAAAAGGAAGCUGCUUUUCCACCUGAAGUUUUAUAGAGGGGGUUGUGGCGUAAAGGGAAAACUAAGCAGGCCAGAACGUCAGAAGAAGGCAACAGACGGACGGACAGUUCCACAUCCACGAAGGCAGGAGAGCGAGGCAGCUUGUGAGGGCAGAGAGAGAGAGAGAGAGAGAGAAGGACACUUGGCUUCACACAGCAACACAGCGAUGCUACGAGACUCCAGGGGAGGCCUCCGCAAAGAUGGAUCAAUAAAUGUCCUUUCCCUGUGAGGAGGCGGAAUACUGGUGGUGGCACUUCAGGGCUCUCAAUUAAAAAACAAAAUACACAUAUACAUACACACCCCAACAACUGGCAGGUUUGCUGUCUGGAGUGCAGAACAGCUUCCAGAGCACAGACACAUCACAGAUGGCUCAGGUUUCGACAUGCAAGGAAAGCGGGGAAGGUCUGGAGGAGGAGCAAAGCAGCAGAUGGCCAAAUGCUGCCACGCCAGGCUGCUUGCAGAAGAUUUCGGGCCAGGAAAUGUGGGGAAGAAGCAAGCGGAUGGCAGAGAGCAAAGUCUACAAAUGUAAAUUGCACGUGCUCUUCAGAAAGAGGGUCUUUGGCCCCUGCCCCAGCUGAUGCAGGGGGAAGGAAGGUCUGUGGUCCUGCAGCGAGAGGGAGGGAGACAACCUCAGACUACAGAAGGACCACACAUUUGUUGAUGCAACUGCCAUGUGGGACUCUUGGCAGGUCAGAGCCUGGAGUAGUUCUGCAGUAGGUGCAGCUGAGGUCCUCUCGGGAGCGGAGCAGGCCUCAUCCUGCUCGUUCCAGGGACUCAGCUUGUGAGCAGAGCACAUUCUCUCAGGAGGCAGCAAACGCCUUGUUAAAAAGGUCUCAUUGCACUCCGAUGGCUAAGGGAGGAGAGGGCGAGCUCUGGAUCCGGACAAUGGCAGUGUUGCUUUUCUCCAAGAGACCUGCUGGUGCUGGGAAGCAGCUGGAAGAGCAGAGUUAAAAGACCGGGGUGGGGGUUGGCACUUGCUGCAUUGCAUAUGUAACUGGCACCACCCUUAAUGGGCUCUGGGGGAGGGCAGAAACCCCUCUCCUUGUCGCAGGGACGGGAGCCAGCCAUGGCUCUCUCGAUGAUGGGCUGCAACUCCCAUUACGGCCAUGCUGGUUGGGGCUGAUGGGAGUCCUGCAUUGCAGGGAGUCGACCUAGAUGAGCCUUUGGGUGCCUUAUAGUUCUGCGGUUCUGAGUUGGGAAGGCAGGAACAUCUGGUUUCCCACCCAUGUGCAGCCCACAGAUUCUCUCCUGUCCCCCUGGCACAGGGACAGAUGGAUUCAACACAGGGUCUGCAUUUCCAACAGGGUGAGCUAUUUGCUCAGUCACCCCUGGGAGCAGCUUGCCACCCUCACCUACUGCUAGCAGGCACAACCGGGUGUGUGUGCUUUUGGCAAAGGGAGUAACUGGUCUGGCAAGGUGCACACAGACUCGUGCAGAGAGAUGCUAGGCACUGUCUUGCACAGGGCAGGGAACCUGUGGACCUCCAGGUGUUGACUCCUAGCAGCCGGCACAGAAGUGCAGAGUCGAAAGUGACCCCAGUGGGUGAUCUCUUCCAACUCCCUGCAAUGCAGGAAUGGUCAGGGAUGAUGGGAGUUGGGAGGCCAGCAACAUUUGGGGAAGCCAGAGAUUAGCAGCUCGAGAAACUCAGUUACAGAUCUUAAGUCCAUGGAGGGUUUCCCUGAGAGGGUAAAGCUGCCCACAUGUGAAGUGUUGAAUCGGUGCCACUUGGAACAUUUUGGAAAUUCUGGAAAGAGGCGCCGUUUCACACCUGGAAAUUCAAAACACGAGCUUUGCUGCUGUGUAGGGCUUGAGAGAGAGAGAGAGCCACAGCACAUUUGGACAGGAAGAUUCAUGGACUGCAAACUGCAACCCCCUCCACCCCCCAAAAAACCAAGACGCUAUUCAGCAUAGGCCUGAAAACCUUGAGGGAACAUCUAAAAAUAAUGGGGACGGAGCCUGCUUCUAUUGACAGGUGGCUGCUGCCUGCUUCUAAAAGUGUCCUUUACAAAAAUAAAAAACAUUGCAUUUGAUUUAAAUCUAGAGUUGCGCACCACCCCGCGGCUGCCUUAAGUGAAAAGGUCGCAUCCUGUUUUAAAUAAGUAGACAGGCCUUGAUGGCGUAGGGCAAGAACCUGGCAGGAAAAAGAAGUGGCUCAGAGCAGAGUCAGAAGGGACCAGCCUGCCCAUUCUGUGGCUGGAGAGAGCAGGGGCUGGAAAGAGAAAGAGGAAAAUAUUGGCCCUUCCCCUGGGAGAGAGCAGGGUCCAAUUUUGCACACCUUUGUUGGCAAACUCACCUCUGAAGGCAGAGAAGAAAGAGAGGGACCUCACUGGGAUGGAAAGAAAACACAGAGGAGGUGAGUCAUUGGCCAGUGGAAGCGAAGGGAGGGGGUGUCCCUCUGAGGAGAUCAGGUGGGGAAUUUGCAUGUGCCUGUGGCCUUCCUCCCACCCCCCACCCCACUGCACUGGACACGCAGCAUUAACACGAACAAUCAUGCAUAAGAGACGGGAGCAGUGCUGGUGGGCCAGUUCACCCCUGCGGUGGUGGCUGCUGCUGCUGCUUCUGCUGCAGGGUCUGGGCGUUGCGGCUGGCUGGCUGGGCCCAGGCACUCUCCACCUCUGCGCCCCCCCUCCAAAAAAAGAGUCCUGGGCUUCUAGCCGAAAAUCCCGCCAACCGUUGAGGCGAUCACAAUGCCCAGCACCACGCAGCAAAUGAUGAUCAUGAUCUUCUUCUGCAAAGAGAGGAGGACAACAUCAGACAAGCUCUAGGCUGGGUCAGGCCACUUGCCCAUCUAGUCCAGCCUCCUGUUCUCGCAAUGGCCAACCAGACGCCCCCCCAAGGGAAACCCACAAACAGGAUCUGAGCGCAGCAACAACUCUCCCCGUCCCGUGGUUUCCAGCAACUCACAUUCAGAAGCAUUGCUGCCUCCGACUGUGGAGGGAGAUCAGAGGCAUUCUGGCAAGUAGCUGUGGAUAGCCAAUUUGGCCAAUUCUCUCUCCCCUCCCCCAAAUAAUUUUUAUUAAGUUUUCGAUUUUGCAUUUCAAAAUAAACAAACUUUAAAAUAUCCAGGGACUUCCCUCCUUCUCCUUCCACGGUUCAUUUUUUGUAUCAUACCUCCCUGCAUAUUUUACUACAACCGUUCAAAACAAUUUUCCACUUUUACAUCCGUCAAAAAUUACUUACUCUGUUGAAUUUGUCUUAGUGCUGCCAGCAUUUUCAGCUGUAUAGUUAUUUUCCAUAUAUUCAAUAAAUAGUCUUUAAAUGAA